GCAAAUUUUACAUUCUUCUUUCUAAUGAAACCAUUUUUGCGGAAAUAUCUUGAUUUUAUACCAAAGUUAUUUCAAUUUAAAAAGUACCACACGCGCCUCAUAUUUCACUGAUGAAACUGGCAGAAAUCACGAUAGUCCCAAGGGGAAGUAAAUCACCAGUUACGUCAGUUAUCUUGCUCCGAUCGCUAUGUGCAUGGGGUAUACUAUUGAUGAAUGAAACGGGCACCUGCUGUGCAAAUUUGACAUUUUUGAGGAAGAUUUAGUUGUCUUCAAGGCAUCACACCGAUAAUUGUCCAAUCAAAAUGAACUUAGUCAAUUGUAGUUCCAUAUAUUUAAAGAAAUAUUUUUUUCUUCCGCGAUUUUUCUCAUUUCUCUUUUUCUUUUCUCUUAAUUUUUGUACCCCUGAUUAGGAAAUUAUGUGUAAUUUGUAGAAAUAACCAAUUGUAUACAAAGGAACUAUUUACUGUUGGUAGUUGAUGUUACUUCCUGAGGUGCACUCCGGCUGUUUACACACAUGUGAUAAACACGUGGAUUUGAGGGUAGUCUUGUUUGCGGGUAAUUUAUUUUCGACAAUGCCGCGAAGGGUGUUGUUUUUCUGGUGUCGGCACACGAGAUAGGUAACAUAGAACGUAUCUGACUGCGUUAUUCGGCAUCAAUUUUGUAAAUUGAUUUUUAAUGAUUUUUUUUCUUCAUAUAUAGUAAUUUAUAAUGAAAAUAAUUACCGGUGUGAUACCUCGAAUACAUAACAGUAACACAAGGGAGAUUAUUUAACACAAAAUAACCCCGAUCUAUAUCGAACUCUGGUGCAUUCAUAUACUGCUUUCCAAAUAGUUUGUAAACAUAUUUUUACUUUUAACACUAUCAUAUUUUAAUUUUUAGAUUCUGUUUAUCAGGGGCAAUUAGAGUUAGUGGACACAUGAAGGGGUUAACUAGAAUAUAUGGGCUUCUAAUUCAGAGUAAUUUUGUUCGUAGUUAUAUAAACUUAUAGGUCACUCUUAUCCUUUUGUAAUGUAAAAUAUUUUUCAUUUUAUUUUGAAUGUUUUUUUUAAAAUAUGACCUUUGAAGAUGAAUAAGGUAAACGUCUCUAUUUACCCCAUGUAAUUGGGGUAAAUGGUCAGAGCUAAAAGUUAAGCACAACGUUUUUGGGAUUUGUCAUUUCGAGUACAUAUAGACAGAAUACACUUUAAAGGGACUGAUUUACGAUUUACCCCAAUACUUUGUUUUUCACUUUUAAUGAUCGAAAGCUAUUGUCAAAUGUUUUUAAAAGAUUUCACAAAAAAUUAAGGUUAUACAUUAUCACAGAAGGUCAUUUUUCAGAGCUUAUUAUUUGUUUUCUAAACAAAGAUUGCGGUAUGUUAUUGUUUACGAAAUUUUCAAAAGAAUUGGUUAUCGGUCUAAGUUUAUUAUAUCUUUCACAGUUCAAGCAUUAUUUACGUAAAAUGUAUCAUCUAAAAGUUAAAAUUUGUGAGUAUGCAAAAUUGAGAUGCUUUAUAUUAUAAAAUUAACAUUUCACUUAUUUGUUUAUAUAAAUGAACAAACUCGAGUCUUUGUUUACAUAACACAGAGAUUUUAGGCUAAAAUAUUGCUUUUAUCCUUGCGUUCAAAAUGUCAAAAUUUUGGCUGUCAACAUUAAAUCAGUUAUAUUUUUAAUGUUUAACAUCAAAAAUGAAAAAAAAAAAAAAAUCAAAAAUCGUGAACCAAUCCUUUUAAGAAUUUAUUUCCUCAUUUUAUUUCGCUUCAAAAUUCCAUUAUAAUUUGAGACAAAAGAUGGCUAAGUAUUCAGUAAAGUGCUGUUUCAUUGGGUAUCCCCCAAAAAUGCAUUUUGUCCUAAUUCAAAUUAUUUCGAGUUAUAUUUACAGGUAGCUAAUCAAUUAGCAGUGUGAUGAAGAGAUAUAAGAAACAGUCUCAUAGUGAAAAGUUUAUUAUUGAAUAAAAUAUUUUAAUAUGAAGUGUUGAAUCAUCUGUUUUGCAUGCUUAUUUUGUGACAUGGUCCGACGACCCCAAACCAAAUUUAUUUUUGUACCUAUUUCCCAAUGAAUUGGAACUUGGUAAAAGGGUUUUACAGGUAAUAUAACAGUCUGACAAGGUUUUUGACACUAAAACAUGAAAAUUCAUCGAACAAUAAGGAUUUAUCCCUAUUUUAAAUGGUCAUGUUGUCGGACGUAACAUUUUCUGUCUUAUACCAAAGUGAAAAAGAAAUAUAUGUAAGUUAUGUAACAACAGAGGACAAUUAACUGCAUGGAACAUUUUGAGGCUUGAGCUUAUAAACUAAAUAUGAUAAUUCAUGAUGGAGAAAUAGCCGGGUGUUUUCACUUUUUUCAGGAUUUGUCAUUUCUUUUUGCUCGUAAAAAUUCGGUCCAACUGUUACGGGCGAGAAAUUCAAUUUUAAUUUGCAAUUUGUCAACUUGGUUACCGCACUUUCCGUUUACAACAACAUAUUUUACGAGAACUACGAUGUGAAAGCGGUAUUGCCAUCAACCAUUUCCUUCCACUCCAAGAAAACAACAUGGAAGGGAGGGCGAAAGCCCUUUCUGUCCAACCAAGAGAAGUAAGUUACGUCCGAAUUUAUUUUACGUCCGACAUCCAAGAGUUGUAUAGAUUGAUAAAUUUAUCUUAUUAUAUUUGAUCAGAUAUUCUUUACAAUGGUUUGUGCAAGUCACAAAAUUAAUUUGCUUACACUUCGACAAUAGAGUUCUGCCGAAAAUAUAACUGCAUAUGAAUAAUAAAGAGAUAAAAAUAUGUUGACAGAGUAACAUGCACAUCACUUUAAAAAUUCGGACGUAACAAAGGACCGAUAACCUUUUGUAGGACGAACCUUGGGACAAAAUGUUGGAUGUUGGACAUAACAGCUUUUUAUAUGGACACAAAUAGCAAAUGAUGGACAAACAAAGAAGCAAGAAAAGAAAUACAGAAAACUGCAAAAGAUGGAGAGAUAGCAAAAAAAAUUGAAUUAACAUUCCGACAGAUGGAGGAGGAGAGGAAAGGGAUGAGCGGAAAAACAGAACGCUUACACAGAUUGAAAGAGAUAGGACCAAUGCCCGGGAAAGGAUGCGGAAAUAUAGACUGAGACAAAAGAGAGAACAAGAGAAGGAAACACAGCUAACAACAUGCAUUUUGACGCGAAGCCUGAAAGAGAAGCGGUGUGAAAAAUGGAGAGAUGCUAAAAGAAAAUACAGGGCAAAAUUGGGGCCUCAAAAGAAAAGAAGAAUCAAAGAAAGGGACAUAAUUUCAAAAGCUUUGACCAAAGUCAACCAACAUGUGAGCCAUGAAUACAGAUGAACCAUGGCUUCUAGAUAUCUAUCGGCUCCUCAGCAGAACUUUACACGUCUGUCAAUCAUCAGCGUAGACUUGAUAAGGUUAGUGUUAGAAGGUAUUCUGAGAAGUAAGAUCGUACCAGCAGACCUAGAAAAUGCCAUCAAUUCUUGUUCUUAUUUGGGUAAUAAUCUGCGACCAGAGCAGAAGGCGCUUUGCUGUCUUCCCUCACCUGACUACAGCACAUUUGAUGUCUCUUUGUUAUACACACUAAUACGAAAUUUGUGUCCUGUCUUCAAACCAACAAAUAGAUGGGGACAACCACCAUCCAAUUCGCAGUUGCGAAUUGGUGACGACAUUGAGCGCCUCCGAGUUUUUCGAAACGAAGUGCAUGGGCAUUGCGAAUCUUCCAGUGUCAGUGAUACAGAUUUCCAGUCACGAUGGAAGGAGAUAGAAACUAUUUUACUGAGGGUACAAAAGUUUAUGACGUCAAAUGGGAACAAAGUCGAUUAUAUGAAAGAGCUUGCACAAAUAGCGGAUAAAGAUAUUGGGUGUGAAGACAUGCUGAAAUUCAGAAUAUUAUUGGAUGCAAUGAUAAAGCUAGAAAAUGAAGCAAAUGUCCCGAAAAUUGUAUUACGCGGUGCACAAAGUGUCAGCUGUGGAGAAAAUGCAAGCUUUGAAGUUGAUUUUGAAAGUUCAUCCGCUUCCUGGUCUGUCACUUGGCAAAUACUGAGGGGGAACAUCACAGAACAAAUAGACAUCACUCGAGAAAAAUACAGAGGGAGUAACUAUGAACGACUAGUGAUAAAGAAGGUGUGCAAGGAAGACGAGGGUGAAUACCAGGCUGUUUUGUCCCGAGGGGCGAGUAGACAAGGCUUGAAAAGGACGAGCAAUUCCAUCUUCCUGGAAGCAGCAGGAGAUGUGCCGGUCCUUCAUAGAUUGGAGGUCAGUACAGGAUUGGAGGGAAUAACGGUACAUUACAAAUACGAAGUCAGAGGUAACUCUCCAACUGUGAAUCAUAUCGCCUGGACGAAAAACGGAGAUCGUAUACGCAUCGAUAACACGAAAUACAUUGGCGGGGAUCUGAACGACACGUAUAUGAUCAUUACGUCACCAACACAAGACGACGUAGGCCAGUACACCUGUACAAUUGCCAAUGCAGUGGGUGAAGUAUCGAAGUCCCUGUCAUUAGAUGUACCUGUUGCUAAAAUUGUCACAGUAGAGACGGUUUACUUCGGUGAUGGGACCAAGAUCAACUCAGUAAUAACAGCUUGUCCCCCUCUUGAGGCAGAUGAAUAUUUCGGAAGCAAUAAAGAUCCAAACAACCCAAUUAUGAUUUUUCCAAAGGCAAACUUCGAUGACAGAUUAUAUUAUCGACUUGUUAUAAGGAACAAAAUAGGAGAACAUGUCAGCAACACAGUUUAUCUCAACGUGACAGGUGGUCCUCCAAACAUCUCAAACAGCCAUGUAACUAACAUCAAGAAGCGUUCAAUGACGUUGACAUGUGAAAUCUUCCUCUAUGAGAACUCGCCUCAGUUGCAAAAAAUCUUGUGGAUGAAAGAUGGAACUGAUAUUGACAUUGACGGAAGUGGAGGGAAGUAUUCAGGAGGGAGUAUUAAUGAUCCAUCUCUAGCCAUCUCAGAUGUCAAAGAAACGGAUAAAGGGUCGUAUCAAUGCAAAGCGUCCAAUGCUGUAGGGUCGACUCUUGGCGACGUCAUUGUAUUAGGUAUUCCAGACAUUGACGUUGAAGGUCCAGCUAAACAGCAAAAUGACGUACAAAUCUUCACAGCAGUUGUGAGGUCUAUUCCAUCGCCAACCAAAGUUCAUUGGCGCGUGAAACUCGAGGGAAAAAGAGAUUGGACUCAAAUAGAUCUGAACAGCGAGGAUUACAGAGGAACCUCAAAUUCCCUCCCGCAGCCCAAGUUAGUUGUCAAGAGAAAAAAACUGAUGGAAAACCACAGCUUUCAGAUAAAGGUGACGAACUUCAUCGGAACGAACACAAAUCUAAUACCAGAUGAAGACUCUGACGACGAAGGGGAUGAUCAAGGAGAUGAAGACUCUGACGACGAAGGGGAUGAUCAAGGAGAUGAAGACUCUGACGACGAAGGGGAUGAUCAAGGAGGUAACAUCUUCGCAUUUUAA